AUGGCGACUGCUGCACCAUCACCACGGCCACCAUCUCCUUCGUUGCUGGACAAACUCGACGAGAUAGCACCAACCUCGCUAGCUGAAUUUGACGCUUUUCCCAAACUUCCGUCAACCUACAAAACACGUUCUGAGUCUCGUGGAUUUCUCACCCUUUUCGUCGCUAUCAUUGCUUUCCUGCUCGUGCUCAAUGACCUUGGAGAAUACAUAUUCGGCUGGCCCGACUUCGAGUUCAGUGUCGACGGAGACCAAACAAAUGACAUGAAGCUGAAUGUCGACCUGGUGGUGAACAUGCCAUGUCAAUACCUGAGUGUCGACUUGCGCGAUGCUGUGGGAGACAGGCUGUUUCUCAGCAGCAACUUCAGGCGGGAUGGUACCAAGUUUGAUGUUGGACAAGCGACUACUCUUAAGGAGCAUGCUGCUGCGCUCUCUGCGCGCCAGGCCAUUGCCCAAUCGCGCUCGUCUCGUGGCUUUUUCUCGACGUUGUUUCAGAGAAACAAAGACCCGUAUCGCCCUACGUACAACUACGAGAAGGAUGCCAGCGCAUGUAGAAUAUACGGCACGAUAUCGGCGAAAAAGGUGACAGCGAAUUUGCACGUCACGACUCUCGGACACGGGUACACAACCGGCCACCACGUUCAGCACAACCACAUGAACCUCUCUCAUGUCAUUACGGAGUUCUCGUUCGGGCCCUACUUCCCAGACAUCGUACAGCCACUUGACGACUCGCUCGAGCUGACCGAAGAGCAGUUCGUCGCGUACACGUACUUCCUGCACGUCGUGCCGACUACAUAUAUUGCGCCUCGGACGGCGCCACUACAUACAUACCAGUACAGCGUCACGCACUACACGCGGGUGCUGGAGCCACACCAGGGCGUCCCGGGGAUAUUCUUCAAGUUCGACCUGGAGCCGGUCAGCCUGACGAUCCACCAGCGAACGACGACCCUCGUGCAACUGCUGAUUAGAUGCGUCGGAGUGAUUGGCGGGUUGUUCGUGUGCAUGGGCUACGCUGUGCGGAUCACGACGCGCGCGGUUGAGGCCGUCACGGGCACAGACAAGACCACGGGCAUCAUCGAGGCAGAAGCGAGCGGGGUCGGGGUCGGGAUUCGCAAGCGGUUCGGCAGCACGGACCUGCGCCUGCGCCCGUCGCACAACGUCAUGCGGCAGGGCUCGGGCUGGGUUGUCGAAGGCGGAAGUCCGUACGGCAGCUAUGCCAGCACACCCGUUGCAGCGUCGCAUCCGUCCACCCCGUACAGCCAAACCUUCGCUUCCCUUCAUCCUGCAAGUGCACUGUCAAGCCCGAACCUCGACACGACGCGCCGGCCAACCUCUGUGUAUGGCUUGGGGAUCUCGUCGCCUGGCUUUGGUCCUAUACCAGGCGUGACAUCGCCACCCUUACCUUCCUCAGCCGCACGUCCACUGGCGAUGCACUCGCCGUACACAGCGAGCGCGAUGGGCUCCACUUUCCCGACCGCUGCGACGGCAGGCUCCCCAUACAACCCGGAUGCGGGCUCGCUACCACCUACACCAGGAGCAGGGAACAACAUGUACGCGCACUUCCCACCGACACCCAAUUCGGCGAACGGGGCAGGCGCUGGGUUCCCGCGAUCGCCCGGCCCUAGUGCGUCAGCCCCCCCUCCACCGCCAGGUCAGGCUCGACGGGAGAGUUGGCUCCGACAUGAGAGCAGCGCAAGCGUGGGCAAGGCCAAAGGUGAUUGA